AUGGCUGACGCAGAGACCUCCGAGGCUGACGUGGCAAAGAAUCGGCAGCUGAUAGAAGCGUCGCGCGAGGGCGAUUUAACUACAGUACUGCGACUCAUCAACACUUUCAAUCCUCUCCCGCUUUCCCUUUACGUCUCCCCUCCUCUUCCCCACCUUCCUCCACAAACCACCCCCACUCCGCCUCCCCUCCCGCCUCCCCCCCUCCCUCCCUUCUCACCCUCCCCCUAUCUCCCCAUUCCCGCUUCCCCCGGCCCCAUUUCUCCCCUAUGCCCCCUUUUACCCCCUCAUUUUCCCCCCUCCCUCCAUGCCCUCCUUCGUCAUUCCUCUUCCCGCCCUCUCUUCCCACACGUCCCUUCCCCCCCCACCCAAAACCCGUCUUCUCAAACCCCCAGAGAAGGCGCUGACGUGGCGUAUGCUGACGUGGACGCGCAGGGGAAGACAGCCCUGAUGGCGGCGGCGGAAGGGGGGAGGGCGGACGUGGUGCGGGCGCUACUGGGGGAAGGGGCGGUGUGGAAUGCGGUGGAUAUGGGGGGGAAGAGCGCAGGGGACUAUGCAAUGGAAGGGGUGGUGGCGUGGGGGGAGGGGGCGGAGGGGGAGGAGGAGAAAAACGAAGAGGAAAGAACGAGACGACAAGAAGUGCUAGAUACACUGAUUGAUGCUGGCAUCAAAUCAGAGCUCAUUCUGGGGGCAGCCAGUAGGAACCUGACACGUGGCAGCACAGCAGCAGGAGCAGCGGAGCAGUCAGCACCUGCCUCAAAUGCCGCCUACCUGUCGGAGCGACUGCAGCUGUCUGAAAGCCGAUUGGUGGACGGGGAGGGAGGGGGAGUGAUGAUGAAGUGGGAGGGGGCUCUUAUGCAAGCCCACGCGCAAGCCAUCUGCCAACAGGUGGGCACGGUGCUGUGCGGUGCCAGGUCCUUUCCCAACCGCUCCCAACCUCUCCCAACCCUUCCUUCUCCCUCUCUAACCGUCCAGGGAGGGGAUAUUCUCAACAUUGGCUUUGGCAUGGGUAUUAUAGACACAGCCAUUGCAGCACGCAUCGGCCAGUCGGAGGGCGGCAUUCGAUCGCACACUAUAGUGGAAGCGCAUCCGGACGUUAUAGCGAGGAUGAAGGGGGAGGGGUGGCAUGAGAGGGAGGGAGUGAGGGUGGUGGAGGGGAGAUGGCAGGACGUGUUACCACAACUGGGGCAAUACGACGGCAUAUUCUUUGACACGUAUGGAGAAUACUAUGAUGAUCUGCGGGAAUUCCACUCGCACCUGCCUCAGCUUCUGAAGCCCUCCGGCCUCUACUCCUUUUUCAACGGCAUGUGUGGCGACAACGCCUUCUUCCACACCGUCUACUGCCACAUAGUAGCGUUGGAGCUGCAGCAGCACGUGGGGCUGACCACUCAGUUCAUUCCCCUGCCGGUCAGCCGGUGCUUGGAUGGGGCCACGUGGGCGGGGGUGCGGCAUAAGUACUGGCAGCUAGACGCCUAUCACCUGCCCGUUUGCUACCGUGAUGAGACAGAGGAGGGGGGGGAGGAGGAGAAGGAACAACAGGAGGGAGAGGAGGGGGAGGAGGCAUAG